AUGGAGGGUCUGAUUCCGUUGGUUUACCGGACUAUCAAGAGAACCAGAACUCGCCGGCAAUACCAGUGUCUCUCCCCCGCCACCGCCGCCGCGGACGGCGCCUUCAACAUACAAGAUUUCUAUCCAAAUGGUUAUUACGGUGGCGGCGGCAAUAUGAUCGCCGAGAAUGAUUAUGAUUAUAACGGUGAUCGUCGGAAGGGUGCUGCAGAGAGCGUGGGCGCAGAUGGGAGGAGACACCGGCGACACAUGUCCCUCCAAGUGGAAUAUUCCGGCGGGUUUUCGCCGGAGCGUGGCGCAGCCGCUUCUAAUAAGUCGUCCAAACAACUUGUGAGGUUCAAGAGCCACCGGAUGUUCUCAUGCGUGACCGGAGCAUACUAA